UGCAAUGUUCAGAAAACACAAGCUGUAAAUAUUUAAAUGAGUGAAUGAUUUAUCUUCUUUACCGGGAGAGGUCGGCUACAAAAAGACCAGGAAGACACAACAUACUCGCACACACACCUGAGUUGAUUAAACCCUCUUGACUGACAAUGGAGUCUGCUAUCUGUGUGCUGGUGUCCCAGUUCAAGGCGUAUGCUGGCAGCGAUGGUUCCUCUGACACACUGAGUAGAGAGGAGUUCCACAGACUGGUCCCAGCAGAGCUCCCCAACUUUGUCAAGAAUGCUGCCGACCCCGCUGCCAUUGACCAGCUCAUGAGCUCAUUGGACAAGAACAGCGAUGGAGAGCUCAACUUCCUGGAGUUCUGGCAGCUGAUUGGGCAUCUUGCAAGCAAGCAUGGGGGCUUCAGCCAAUAGUGUGCUGUCCUCAGAUACUCAGUUAGUUCUGUCACAGUUGUGUGUCUGUAACUGACUUGUCUGUGUGUAAUGCAGUUUGAAAAAAAAUAAAUGGAAAACAGCCAAAAGGAAAACACCCAUAACCCUG